UUUAAGAUAAUUUUGGUAUCUGGAUAUUAUUAUUAUAAUUUGUACACUUGGGAUUAGGAGGGUCGCUCCUGCUUCUCUCUCUCUCUCUUAGCCAUGGCUGCUGCUUUCACCUGCACCUCUCUUCCUCCGCUUUCUCUCCGUUGUUCAGAGACGAGAAUCGCAUCGUCACCAUCGGCUUCACUCUCUGCUCGUCGGCUCUUCGCCGUGUCACCAGAAUCAGGAGGAUUGAGAAUCCGUCUUUCUCAGUCGUUGACCUCGAUUCAACCUAGGGUUCCUCGAUUACGAAGAGGCGGCGUCGUCUGCGAAGCUCAGGAAACUACUACCGACAUAGUUUCAAUAGUCAACGACUCGACGUGGGAUUCUCUAGUUCUCAAGGCAGACGGGCUUGUGCUUGUCGACUUCUGGGCACCAUGGUGUGGACCUUGCAAAAUGAUUGACCCUCUUGUGAAUGAGCUAGCGCAACAGUACACCGGGAAGGUCAAGUUCUACAAACUAAACACCGACGAUUCUCCUUCAACCCCGUGCGAGUACAAAGUUAGAAACAUCCCAACGAUCUUGAUCUUUGUCAACGGCGAGAAGAAGGACGCUAUCGUAGGUGCAGUGCCCAAAUCCGCACUCACAUCUAGCAUUGACAAGUUCUUGCAAUGAGAUUGUGAGUCUGUAUUGAUCACUCUCUCUCCCCCUCUGUUUCGUAUUCUCAUUCUCUCUGUAACUUGCGCUUUCUCUAUAGCUAUCUGCUUCCGCUGUAUCUUUUCUUCAUCACUGAACAUCUAGACAUGGAUCAAUAAUACUAUAAUAUAAUAUCUCAUGUUUUUUUAUGUUA